AUGGCUGCCUCCGUUACUAGCGUUAAAGUAGGCGAAUUGUCCAAAGCGGAAUAUCUAAAACGCUAUUUAUCUAACGACGAUGACGCUAAAAAGUCUAAAGGAAAACUUAAAAAGAAGCGGCGCAAGGUUACGGGUAAAGGACUUAAAAUCGUUGACGAUGAUGUAGAUUGGAGACAGACAGUGGCCGAAGAAAAUGAUGCGGAAGACGACGAUGAGGAAGCUCCCGUGAUCGCUGAAGUGAUUGAUGAACGCCCAGAUGACGUGAGGAUGAUGGAAAUCUUCAGAAGCAGCUCCAGAUGGAAGGCUAUUGGAGAAGACGAAAACAAAGAGGAAGACAUCCAACCAGAACCUUUAACUGAGAAGUCAUCUCGCAGAAAAGCCAGACACGACUCUCCAGAUGCCUCCCCUCCGAGGAGGGCUCGGCACGAUUCUCCCGACAUGUCGCCACCCAGAAAGAAACGCCACGAUUCUCCCAACACGUCGCCACCCAAGAAAAAACGCCAUCAUUCUCCUGACAUGUCAUCACCCAGGAGGAAACGCCACGAUUCACCUGACAUGUCGCCACCCAGGAAGAAACGCCAGGAUUCUCCUGACAUGUCGCCACCCAGGAGGAAACGGCACGAUUCUCCCGACAUGUCACCACCCAGAAAAAAACGCCAAGAUUCUCCUGACAUGUCGCCACCCAGGAGGAAACGGCACGAUUCUCCAGACAUGUCGCCACCCAGGCACCGUUCGGGGAAGUCGACAAAAGCACAGAGCGCCUCCUGUAGACGAGAUUCAGAUUCCGACCAAUCACCUCCAAGGAAGAAGCAGCAGAAGGGAAGACGAGAUUCUGAUUCGGACCAGUCGUUGCCCAGACGGGCGAAGCGAAGAGGAAAAGAGUCUGAUGAUGACCUGUCGCCUCCUCGCAAGGUGGGCCGGACAGAGGGCAACAGUAUGCUGUCAGGUGGAAAGGCGGGCCUGAUUUCCUCAGAUGUUCUUCGAAAUGAGAAGGAGGAGGCACGACGCAGGGAUGGAAACAACCGGGACCUUGAAAAUGCAUCCCGCCAUGCUCAGACAGUGUUUCGAGAUAAGAGUGGCAAAAAGCGAGACUUAGAAUCAGAACGGGAAGAACAGAAAAGGAAAGCCGGAGAAAAGGCAGCGAAGGACGAGAAAUACGCCCAGUGGGGGAAAGGGCUGGCUCAAGGCCAGAUGGAGCAGCAGCGUCUGGAGGAUGCCGUGCACGAGGCCCAGAAGCCGCUGGCGCGUAAUUACGAUGACGAGGACCUCGACCGCAUGCUGAGGGAGCAGGUGAGGGAGGGAGAUCCUAUGGCGGCUAUGUUGCAGCGCAAGAAGGAGCGCAAGACACAAGGCGCUAAAGAAAAACCUCAAUACAAAGGCCCUCCGCCACCACUCAACAGAUUCAACAUUUUACCAGGAUAUCGAUGGGAUGGAGUCAACAGGUCCAACGGUUUCGAGGAGAAGCGCUACACGAGGAUUGCGGACAAAAAAGCACUCCAGGAGGAAGCUUAUAAGUGGAGUGUAGAGGACAUGUAG